UUUUUUACAUAGCUUAACUUGAACUAAAUUCGAGAAUCGAAAUUACAUAUUAUCGAUUUAAGAUAUAUAUUUUAAUAUUCAAUUCGAUUGUAAUACAAUUAAUAUAUAAUUCGAUUAAUAUCUGUUCUAAAAAAUUUUUAAUAAAAAACAAUAAAGAAUUUAUUUGGUGAUGUGUUCAAUAAUAUUAAAAAAAUUAAUGCAAAAUUGUGUACAUGAAAAAGGUUAUAUUGUCAUUCUUAAUCGGUAUCAAUGGGUGUCAACGAAAUUAUUGUUUUCAAAUAUUCUGAUCGGCUCACGUGGAAUAUCAAUACAUUAGUGCCAUUUAUAGAUAGAAAAUAUUAUAAAAUUCCUACACACACUACUAUAGUUUCAAUUAAAAACUUAUCCAUUAUUAAUCAAAUAUAUUUCAGCAGACAAACAUCAGGAAUACAAUAAUCAAAUGAAUCAUCACUAUGUUAUUGCUUAUUAUUUGAUUGUAACUUAUAGAUCAUUGCUUUGUAAAAUCAGAAUUAUAUGUUACUUUACAAACAACGAAGACUAAUAGUAGCUGAUAUAAUAUAAUAUGUAAGAAUUUUCUUUUAAAAUCAGAACUGUAACAAAAUGUAUUGUUUAUUACGUCCUUGUUAUCGUGCGAGCUUCAAGCUCAUAUCAAAGUUCAACUUUAAAUAUAUUAUUCUUUCUAUUAGUUUUAUUAUGCUCUUAAAUUAUUUUGGAGCAUUUACUCACAUGUUUGAAGUUACCUAUGAUAAACAUUUUGUUUAUCCUUAUAAUGGUGAUAUACAUGACUUUGUAAAUGCAUUAAGAUAUAAUCAGAAACCUGCUGUUGAUCCAAUCAAUGUAUAUAAUUAUUCUUUUUUAUAUAAUAGUGAAGAAAAAUGUAUAGAAACUGAGCAUAGUAAGUUUCGUGUAGUAUACAUAAUUAAAUCAGCUGUACAGAAUUUUGAUAGAAGGAUAGCGAUACGAAAUUCAUGGGGAUUUGAAAAAAGGUUUUUCGAUGUUCCAUCAAGAACAGUUUUCCUAUUAGGUAUUCUUCAAGACAAUGAAAAACUACAAGCUAAAAUAAAACUUGAAGCAACGAAAUACAAAGACAUUGUGCAAGCAAAUUUUAUAGAUACAUAUUAUAAUAACACCAUAAAAACAAUGAUGGGUUUUAAAUGGGCAGUAAAAUACUGCUCUAAUUCCAAAUUUUAUAUGUUUGUUGAUGAUGAUAUGUAUGUUUCAGUCAAAAAUGUUUUAAGAUUUAUAAGAAAUCCCACUAAUUAUCCAGAUUAUUUAAAAGAACCAAAAAAAAUUUCUCAGAAAAGAGAAAUAAGAUACCCAUAUGUACCGAAAAUAAAUUUGUCAUAUAUAUCAAAUUUAUUGAACAAAGAGAACAAAAUGAAUUAUCUAAAUACAGAAUAUACAUCUGAUACAAAUACCUAUGUUAAAGAAGAGUUGCCUUCCAAUGCAGAAUUAGUACAGUUGUCUGAAGUUUCUUUUCCUACUCAGGAAAAUAUUAAUAAUCAAAACUAUAGUAUAGAAAAUCAACUAACUACAAUUUUAAAUAAUAAUAGCAAAGAUACUCAAAAUGUAUUUACAAAAGUAAAUAACAAUGUAAAUGAGAAAAGAAUCUUUCAAAAUAUAUCAUCAUAUAUUUAUAAUGAAACAGAAUCAUCAAUUCGUAAGAAAAGACAAAUAUUUGAUUUUGAACUUCCCGAAGAUGUCAGAUUAUUUGCAGGUUUUGUGUUUGUUUCUUCUCCGCAUCGUCACAAAUCAUCGAAGUGGUAUGUUUCAUUGGAAGAAUAUCCUUAUCAUUUAUGGCCACCAUAUGUUACUGCUGGUGCAUAUAUAAUUUCACAAGAAGCUCUCUUGGAUAUGUAUUAUACCAGUUUUUAUACAAAACAUUUCAAAUUCGAUGAUAUUUUUUUGGGUCUAGUAGCUAAAAAAGCUGACAUAGAACCAUUUCAUUGUGAAGAAUUUCAUUUUUAUAAAAAAGAUUAUACAAAAUUCAAUUACAAAUAUGUAAUUACUUCUCAUGGAUAUGGAGAUCCUAAUGAAUUAUUACAAGUUUGGAACGAACAAAAAGCUCUUGGAAAUGCAUAAACUAUAUAUAAAAUAUAUAAUGUUACAAGGGAUGUAAAAAUAAUUUAAUUUGAUUUAAUUUAAUAUUAUCAUUUUCAUUAAAAAAGACAUUUCUUACUAUUGUUUGAAAUAUUAAUCUGUAUUAAUUAUAUAUUCCUCUACUUGUCAGUACAAAUAAAACAGAGACAAAAA